AUUUUAUUGAUAUUCGACAACUAAAGAAUUUAUGGAAUAUUUCAAAGUUAUAUUUUUUGUUUUUCUGCAUGUAAUGUUUAGUUAUAGCUGCUCUCAGUUUAGAAAAUAAUUUAUAUUUAUCGGCAAAAUAUAAAAACGGAGAUCUGGUGCUGAUUCCUACCGACUCCUCAAAGCCUCUGACUUAUCUGAUGGUAAGACCUCGACAAAGUGAAUGGAUGAUAUUUACAGGAAAACAAUACAUUAUAGAAGAUAUUUUGCAGUACAACUCUACUAAAAUCCGAGUCGUCGAUUAUAAGGAAAAUGGUACACGAGUCUUUUACAAUAUCCAAGUUCAUGUAACGGAAUCUAAUGAAGGAGACACGAAGAAUAUAUCUUGGACUAAUGAUGCCUUUCCUCUGAGCGAAAUGUAUGAAAUAACCCACACAUACGACGAUUUACAAAGGCCAAUUCUUACUGCAAAUGAAGAUAAUAUAUCAAUAUAUGAUCCAUCGAAAUACGUCUAUCCCAAAACAUCUUUUGACCUCGGAGACAUAAAUUUCCAGAUAAGGAACAUUACGACAAGAGACGCUGGAUUCUAUUCCGGAUGUACUGUAAACAAUGAGUCCUGGUGUGGAGGGGGCGUGGUUCUUGUGGUCAAAGGAAAUCCAACUAAACCCGUGAUAAAGGGAAAUCUGACCCUCAAAACAGGACAAAACGCAUCGGUGAGCUGCUACAGUAAAUCCACUUCAGUUCCACCAUAUUACAAAGAGUUGCCUCCCUUGUCAUACAUGUGGUACAUCAACAACACACUGGUGGGAGAAACUACGGGAAAUAUUUACAGAUUUCCCAUAGAGAAGGGCGAUAAACACAGCUAUGUGUCAUGUCAAGCAAAGGAAACACUCAUGUCUGUGAAGAGUGAGCGGCUGCAAAUCAACCCACUCUACGGUCCAGAUCUAGAAGACAUGAAUAUAUCACCACCGAUCAGCGACAACAUAACUUUACAUGAAAAUGACAUCUUUGGUCCGUAUGUCUGCGCAGUGGACUGUAAUCCACCAUGCAAUGUUCAAUGGAAAUACAUGGAAUCAUCAGGGAAGUAUGUUAGUAUCACAACCAAAGGACAAACGUCUAAGCUAUUACCGGAACUACAAGUGCGCAGAAGCAAACAUGGAUUGUUCCAGUGUGUUGCAGAAGGUUUAGAUGACAAAGUGGAAACAAUCACAAUAAAGUUAGACAUUCAAUAUUUGUCUACACCGAAGGUAUAUAUAAAUGGAGUAGAUGCUGCUAAUGUAACAGACAUACCGGAAAAUGAGACCCUACAAAUAUCGUGUCUCGUGGAAGGAAAUCCCGUCCCAGCAGUGACCAUCAGCAGGGACCGAGGGAACCACCUUCUCGGGACCAGUGUGGAUCAGUGGUUAAACUACACAUCUAUCAAAGAAACCCAGUGUGCCGAUACAGAUACCUACAUAUGUGAAGGAACGUCGAAAGAAAUUGCAAGCAAAUCUACAAUAUUCACUAUGAAUAUUAUAUGUAAACCUCGUUUGGACAAACGUUUCGAGUUCAAAUCAACGUACCAAGUAGAAGAUCUACCUACAGUCAUCACCGUGGAUGUUCCAAUUAUCUCCAAUCCUAAGCCGAUCUCCGUCAAAUGGCUCGGAGCGGUUCCCACUGAGGCCUUCUACACCACGAUAUCUAGAGGAAGUGAUUUCUUUCAUCACUGGAUAUACAGUACAAUCCCCAUCUAUAAUGACAGCUUUCUUGGAAACUACACUCUUUUUGUCGAUGACGUCGACUUAGCAAGCAUCAGGAUAAUAGAAGUAAAACCAGGCUUUCCCGAGACUGUUUUGAUACAACGGGAGAUCUGGAUUUCCUUUAUUGGUACUCUCGCUUCUUUAUCGAUAUUGUUGGCCGUGGUUAUAAUUAUACGGAAAUCCCCAUACGGAAGACAAACUACUCAGCCACAAGUCGGUGAACAGACAGUGAACACAGAGAAUCCAGCGACGUAUGAUGAUACAUUAGAACGACGUGAAGGAGGGGGGAGUAGUGGUGAAUACGAAACUCUGCCUUUUGGAGAAUCUGGGGAAAUCCGAAUGACCAAGUCUGGACAGUUUAUGAUGGGCCGGAGUAACGACAACAAGGAUCAAGGAAAUAUCUAUGAAAAUCUGCAGUCAACAAAGAAAUCUCUUUGAAAAUCUCAAACCGACAACUAAAUCCCAAACCAACAAGGAAAUCCCUGAGAAAAUCUUCAGUAAACAGCGUUGAGAGGAAAAAAAUACUUAUUCACAAAUUAAUGAGUUUUAUGUAUUCAGAAAGAACCGUCUUUUUUUAAUAUAUAGCAAAAAACAUUUUUACGGUUAUUAGAUUAACAGACCCGCUGAUGUUCAUGUAUAUUUCAUUAAUUUUAUGUAAAUUUAUUUGUAAUGUACAUAGCAUUAUGAAAUAAAAUUUGAAUACAGCAUUA